AUGCUGACUGACCCCAAGCGCAUCAAGCGCCGAUCCGAUCAGCCUUUCAAGAGCCAGCGGAGCGAAGAGUGGACCUGGGCAGGAACCGUUUUCGACAAGCUGCAGGACCAGCCAGCUCCAGAGCUUCCCGAUCAAGAUACCAUUGGGAGAGCACGGAAGCAGCGCCGUGUCUGUCUGCAGGCCGGGCUGUCAAUGGUUUCGGCGCUAUGCAUGAACCCGUAUCACCUGCCCGCCCCCGGCGCUCAAUGCUCUCCGGCUUUCGCUGCCUUUGUUUGCUAUCCACCUCCCGGGCCCACUCCGCCGAUCUUUGUGGCGCGCCAUGGAUCAGAGCCUGUGUAA